ACGUAACGUGAAAGAGGAACAAGAUCAGAAACAGUGUUUGAAGUUUUUAUCUUUCUUUAAUGGAUAGAAACAGAGUCGUAUUCAUAUAAGGUUCCGAAUGGGAUGGAAGGAUGACCUUUUCUACUGAACUCUCGGUCUCGUUGGUGCAUCUAAGUCAUCAAUGGGUAUGGGCAUAACUUGGCUUGGAAGGCACGACAAGGAGGAGCUCUGGCCUCUGGGUGGGUAACGAACAUGGUGGAUUCAAGUCUCAGUGCAAAGCUAAUUAAGUAGGUUGAGACAUCAAUGCCUCAUGGGGUUCGUCUGACGAAAAGGAUUAAUCAAUCAGUUAAGGGAAAGGAGACUUGUACACGGAAACCAACCAGCGAGAAGAAGAUGAGAGAUGUUGACUUCUCAUCAGUCAUCUCUACGCUCUCCCAACAUAAUCUCCUCCUUUCUCUGCUCCAUAGGGAUUUCAUCUCUCGACAGAUCUCAGAAUUAAUUGAGAGAGAAGAAAUGGCAUCACUUACUCCUGGAGUUCUAUUGAAGCUACUUCAGAGUAUGAAUUCUGAUGUGAAGGUACGAGGGGAGUAUCGAUCUGUUCUUCUACAAGUUAUCAGCAUUGUACCAGCCCUUACUGGUUCUGAGUUAUGGCCAAACCAUGGCUUCUUCAUUAAAGUUUCAGAUUCUUCACAUUCAACAUAUGUCACUCUAUCAAAGGAUGACAAUGAGCUCAUUCUAACAAAUAAAUUGCAACUUGGUCAAUUCAUCUAUGUGGAACGAGUGGAGGCUGGAACUCCAGUUCCUACCAUUGUUGGGGUCCGACCUAUUCCUGGUAGAAAUCCUUGUGUGGGUAAUCCUAAAGAUCUUAUGCAGAUGUUAGCUCCUUCGGAGACUAGUCCAGUAUCAUCAAUGAAUCGUGAUGGAACUAUUUCUUCAAAGUCCGGUGAAGUACUAAUUGAUGGGAUGCAGGACAGCCCAAGACACAGAAUUGUAAUCAAGGAAGAGAAGGUGGUCGUUGCAUCUCGGUACAUGCAGGGUGUGUUGAGUUCGAUUUCAAAAGGAGCUGAAAAUGAAUCCAGCGAAGCUGGGAAGUCUAAUGAGAAUAGUACAAUUAAGAAGGUUUCUUCCUCCAAACCCAAACAAGAACUUAAAAGGUCAGCAUCACAGACAAGCCCAUCGACUCCUACGCACAAUCGUGCUGAUGCUCCUAAAUUGAAGGCAGAGGCUACUGGUGGCAAUGCCAAAGAGGCUUUAGUUCCAGCAAAGAGCUCUGCUACUAAACAGAGCACUUCUAAACUGGACAGAUCCAACUCAAGUUGUUCCUUGAACAGCAGAGAUAAACGUCAAGGGCAUGAUAGCAUCUCCUGGGACUCCCUUCCUGCCAACCUUGUCAAGCCUGGGAAGGAGGUUUUGAGACGAAGAAAUUUAGCUUCUUUGGUGGCAAUACAAGCUCAGAAGGAAGCAUCUACAGCUGCAUCCCUUGUCAAGUGCCUGAGUAUGUUUGCGGACCUUCAUGUGUCAGCCUCUUCAGACAAUCCCCAUCUCACUUUCUCCAAGUUUUUCACUCUUCACCAGUUUACAGAUGAACUGACUGUAUCAGUUGUAUCAAAAGAUAAUAGCUCUCUUCAUGUCUUCAAUAACAAGUCUCCAGCAGACAUAGAUAUGUGUGGAAGGAAGACUCUUCUAAAUCUCAAUAGAAAUGCUCUGACUUGUACAAAGCCAUUGAUAGAAUCUGAAAGAUUAGAAUGGGCAAAAGGGAAUGAUACUAAAGAGAUUCAAGAAGUGAGGGAGAUUCUCCUAAAAGAAUCAGAGUCUUGGUUUUUAACAUUCUUGGAUGGUGCUCUAAGUGCUGGGUUUCAUGUGGGAAGCCAUGAGAAGAAAGGAAGGGACAGUCUGAGAGGUCGGCAGAGAGCAGCAUCAGAGGACCAGAUCGCAACGACAUUAUCUCAGCUUAAGCAAACAAGUGUCUGGUUGGAUAAACUACGAAGUAAGGCAGGCCCAGAAGACAAUGGAUUGGUUGAGACUGUUGAUAAGUUGAAGCAGAAGAUCUAUACAUGUUUGCUUGCUCAUGUGGACUCUGCAACAUCAGCUCUCGAAAGCCGAUCUGAUCGUGAUUGAUUCAGCCUUCAGCAAAUAUAUAUUCUCAGUAUAUUUUGUGGAUUUAUGGGUUAUUUAAGAAGGUAAAUAUUGAAAGGAAAUUAUCAGGGGGAAAAAAAUGUAAAUGUGAUUAAAUUCUAUCUCGUACUGUCAUUCUUUCUUUUAUUUCAUUUUUCCUGAUUUGUCCUCUUUUUUUAGGAGGAAAAAUUUUCCAUUUAAUUGUAUGUCUAUGUUCAAGCUUAAAGUCUGGCAGGUACUUGUAUAGCAGAAGAGAAUGAGCUCUUCUUCCUUCCAGGCUUCACUAUAUUGUAUAUGGUUACCUGUAUACAUAUUGGUCUGAAGAGGAGGAAACAAUAGAAGGAAAAGGGAAGAAAAUAAAGGAAAAUGUUGAAGAGUGAUUAGACAAA